AUGAAAGAGGAAAAGAAAAGAAAAGAAGAUGGCGGCAGUGGUGGAUGGAUAGAUGAAGGGGAGAGUGGAGCAGGAGAAGAUGGUGGCAGUAGUGGAUGGAUCGAUGAAGGGGAGAGCGGACCAGGAGAAGAUGGUGGCAGUGGUGGAUGGAUAGAUGAAGGGGAAAGUGGACCAGGAGAAGAUGGCGGCAGUGGUGGAUGGAUCGAUGAAGGGGAAAGCGGACCAGGAGAAGAUGGUGGCAGUGGUGGAUGGAUCGAUGAAGGGGAGAGCGGAGCUGGUGAAGAAUGCGGCAGUGGUGGAUGGAUAGAUGAAGGGGAGAGCGCACCAGUGGAAGAUGGUGGCAGUGGUGGAUGGAUAGAUGAAGGGAAGAGCGGACCAGUAGAAGAUGGCGGCAGUGGUGGAUGGAUAAAUGAAGGGGAGAGCGGAGCUGGUAAAGAUGGUGGCAGUGGUGGAUGGAUAGAUGAAGGGGUGAGUGGAGCAGGAGAAGAUGGCGGCAGUGGUGGAUGGAUAGAUGAAGGGGAGAGUGGACCAGGAGAAGAUAGAGGCAGUGGUGGAUGGAUAGAUGAAGGGGAGAGUGGAGCUGGUGAAGAUGGAGGCAGUGGUGGAUGGAUCGAUGAAGGGGUGAGUGGACCAGGAGAAGAUGGAGGCAGUGGUGGAUGGAUAGAUGAAGGGGAGAGCGGACCAGGAGAAGAUGGCGGCAGUGGUGGAUGGAUAGAUGAAGGGGUGAGUGGAGCAGGAGAAGAUGGUGGCAGUGGUGGAUGGAUAGAUGAAGGGGAGAGAGGACCAGGAGAAGAUGGUGGCAGUGGUGGAUGGAUCGAUGAAGGGGAGAGUGGAGCUGGUGAAGAUGGCGGCAGUGGUGGAUGGAUAGAUGAAGGGGAGAGCGGACCAGGAGAUGGUGGCAGUGGUGGAUGGAUAGAUGAAGGGGAGAGUGGAGCUGGUGAAGAUGGCGGCAGUGGUGGAUGGAUAGAUGAAGGGGAGAGUGGAGCUGGUGAAGAUGGAGGCAGUGGUGGAUGGAUCGAUGAAGGGGUGAGUGGAGCUGGUAAAGAUGGCGGCAGUGGUGGAUGGAUCGAUGAAGGGGAGAGUGGACCAGGAGAAGAUAGAGGCAGUGAUGGAUGGAUAGAUGAAGGGGAGAGUGGAGCUGGUGAAGAUGGAGGCAGUGGUGGAUGGAUAGAUGAAGGGGUGAGCGGACCAGGAGAAGAUGGAGGCAGUGGUGGAUGGAUCGAUGAAGGGGUGAGUGGAGCAGGAGAAGAUGACAGCAAUGGUGGAUGGAUAGAUGAAGGGGAGAGCGGAGAUGGUGAAGAUGGCGGCAGUGGUGGAUGGAUAGAUGAAGGGGAGAGCGGACCAGGAGAAGAUGGCAGCAAUGGUGGAUGGAUAGAUGAAGGGGAGAGCGGACCAGGAGAAGAUGGAGGCAGUGGUGGAUGGAUAGAUGAAGUGGGGAGCGGACCAGGAGAUGAUGGUGGCAAUGGUGGAUGGAUCGAUGAAGGGGAGAGCGGACCAGGAGAAGAUGGAGGCAGUGGUGGAUGGAUCGAUGAAGGGGUGAGUGGAGCAGGAGAAGAUGGCGGCAAUAGUGGAUGGAUAGAUGAAGGGGAGAGUGGUCUUCAGACAAUAACGAUCGAGUCCUGUGUGGGUGAAAUUGAAGGACUUUGCUCGUCACACAAUGUGUUCAGUAAAUCGGCCUCCAUGGCAGCAGCAUGCGCGGUUCUCAGCACUGGACUGCUCUGCGGAGACGUCGGAUCUCAUUAG